AGUAAUCAACUGGGACUCUGGGAGCAGCAAUAAAGGAAAUCUACCAGCAAGCAGGAGACUGGGGCGGGGGUUAAAUGUAGCCUAAAUGGUGCAUUUUUUUUAAUCCAAGAUUACCUCCCUUCUUUUUACAUUUUUUAAACAUCUACCUCAUUUGAUCUGCCUAAAGCUGUGCUUUAGGUCUUAUCUGUUUUUGUUUACAAAUACUCGAUGACAUAAAAGCAGGCCUUUGCACUAAUACCAAGAAAACCUUAUGAUUGCACUAAAGUCACCUUGCCUCAGCUGAGAUUACUGAAAGGGGGAGGAUCCAACAGAACCAGAACCAGAAGUCCACAUCACACCAUCACCAGCUGCCUCCCCCUUGUGUACUCUGUCCUCCCCACACCUGAGGCCGGCACUCAGAGCACUAGACUGUCUUUUGUUUUCUGCCUUCCACCUGUCUAUCAUGUUUCAGCAGUUUACCAGCUUCCUCUUCGGUGUGAGCUCUCCUGACUGUGAUGAAGAACCAACCAUCCCAAGUCCCAGCAUUUCAGAGAAAGAAGAUGAUGGGUGGCUUAUUAUUGACUUUCCAGAUAGCUGCACUUUAAACUCAAGUGAAGGAGAGCAUGCAGAUGAGAGGGACGUGGCUUCAGCUCCCAAUGCAAAUGGCCCAUCUCCUGCCUCUUCACUUGACACCCUUAGUGACUGUGAUUUAAGGUCCAUGCCCCUUCAACCUACCAACCCCUGCUUGAUGGACGAGAGUUGGUUUGUCACCCCUCCCCCCUGUUUUACUGCAGAAGACCAAGAAGCGGUGAAGCUGGAGAGCAGUCCAUUGGAGAACCUCCUGAUUGAGCACCCGAGUAUGUCCGUCUACGUCACCAGCACUGUGGAAAAUGAUGCCACAACAGAGACGGCCACGGAAAGGGAUGUGGCCCAGAACCGGAUGGAACGGCAUGCACCAAGACACACAGCAUCUGUUAAUGUUCAUGCUGGAGUCUUGCAAAAGUUAACUGAGGUGCAUCGGAUCCAAAGAGUGAAGAUAUGGGUUGAGAGGCGCAAGCUAAGUCAGAACCGUAUCCACCGCCAGAACCUUGUCAGAGAAUGCCGCCCACGCAAGGCCCUACAUCAACGCAGCUUUGUGUACCAGCCAUGUCAGCGUAUCUACAACCACUAACCUACUUCAGGAAGUUUAUUAAGAGGCAUUAUUCUUAUCCAUAAGCUUAGGCAACUGUACCUUCUCACCCCUCCCAACUUUUCUGGCACACUUUUUUCUCCAUACAUAGUGCAUUUUAAUGUUUUUAAAUAAAGUUGCUCCUGUGUUUUACUGUCAUAACCUUUUUCCAACUUUUUGGCUGUUCAGGUUUUAAAGUAGGAAAUGUAUCUCCCUUUCCUCUACUUGUAUUCUAAAUAUUACCAGUGGAAGAAAAACUAGACUCUAUGGUUUAGUUACCACAGAGUGGAUUUGAACCAAGGUCUCAGGUAUAAACUGCAUGUUUCAUUUAACUGCAACAACUUAGGAAUUGUUAUCCCACCACAGACCAAGAAAAGAAACUAUGUCUCAUUUAAUGGCCAUAUUGUUUUCUGGUAAUACAACAUAAUUUGUAGUCGUCUCACAGUCAGUACAGUAUUCAUAAAUAUCUGUGCCAGCAAGUUUUUAAUUCCAUAUGUAAACUGCUCCUAGAUCCUUUCCUCUGAAUAGCCAUUCCAUGUAAAAUUCCAGCAAUGCAUCAAUUGAUUGGCUAGGAUUAACUUGUUUCAUGAUACGCAGUAUUACUUGACUGCCUCAUAAAGCUGGUGGGGGUGAAAAUUCUGUUGUUUGGAUUUAGUGAAUCAAGGCCAAUCUCUUUCAGAAAAUUAACUCUUAUUAUUUUAUUUUUAUUUUUUGCAAAUAGUGCAAUGUAAUGUUACUUUUAAACUUGGAAGAGAACAGACAGACUAAACUAUAUGUUUUACCUAAGGACAGCUUCAGAGAUGUCUUGAUUUUCCUUUUACGGGUGUAUCUGGAUUGUACAGUUUAAAAAACAAACAGGAUAGCUAGCUGUAAAAUCCAAACCCCGUUUCUUAAUGUGAGCGCUUUCUAGCAAGCCAAGUGCUUGCACUUUUUCAGACAAAUUACAAUCUCAAGAUGCUAAGCUUAUAUACAAUUAAUUACAUUAAUCACUUAUUAUUUCAUUUGAAUUGUUUAAAGAAACAUGCCACUAUUUCACAAACCUUAACACAUAAUCUUAUUCAUAAUAUGUUCAAAGUCCUUUAGCUAAGAAACUGUAUCAACACAUAAAUAUGUUUUUAAAAACCUUAACAAACAAACUGGGAAGAGGCAAAGUUAAUAAAGUAAUUUCAAUUCCUA